AAAACCACACGCGGCGUCCGCCGACCGCCGUGAUCGCGCGUGUACGCCCGCGAUCUCGCGUCACCGGAUCACAAUCCUCGCGCGGGUGCGCCCGGCCAAUGGUAGCGCUCCACCCGCCGGUAUAAAUGGCGGGCCUCAAACCCGCACAUUGCUACGAGAUCACGAACAUUUUUCAGUUCCGCUUGCAAGCAGAGGUGCUCUGUUUCAUCUGAUGGCGACCGUGACAGAUGAAGCUGUUGCCGUGCCGGCGGUUGGAGCCGGCGAGGCGGAGGCGGUGAUGGAGGAGAAGGUGGAAGUGGCGAAGGAGGCGGGUGCGGUGGAGGAGAAGGUGGAAGAGGCGAAGGAGGCUGGUGCGGGUGAGGAGAAGGCGGAGGGCGAUGCCAAGAAGCCGGAGGCGGAGGAAGAGCAGGGGACGGCGAAGGCGAAGAAGCCGAGGAGCAGGAAGCCCCGGUCGGAGGGGCCGAACCACCCGCCCUACUUCGAGAUGAUCAAGGAGGCGAUCAUGGCGGAUGGCAAGGCGGAGGCGAGCACGUACGCGAUCGCGAAGCGCGUCGGGGAGCGGCACGGGGACGCGCUCCCGGGCAACUACCGCAAGGUGCUGGCCGUGCAGCUCCGGAACUUCGCCGCCAAGGGCAGGCUCGUCAGGGUCAAGGCCUCCUUCAGGCUCGCCCCCUCCGAGGAGAAGAAGGCGUCCAAGAAGAGGCGCGGGACGGCGACCAAGAAGGCCGCCUCGAACUCGAAGAAGGCCGCACCGGCCCCGGCGCCGGCGCGCGCCAGGAGGGCGAAGAAGGCGGCGCCGCCGGCGAAGCCGAAGCCGAAGCCGAAGCAGCCCAAGUCGAUCCGCGCCGGCAUGGCCAGGAAGGCCAACAAGGCCAGCGCCUGAUGCCGCCGGUGCGCGCGCGGGAUCCUACUAGUAGUACUACUUUGGUUUUAGGAUGGUCGAUCGAGCGCUUCGUUCUUGACCUCGCUUUGUAAGUACCACCAGUGUGUGUGUUCAUGGCAAUAAUGGCGCUCUCGUUGUGGUCUCGUUUGGAAGAAGAAUGUGACUGUAAAUCUGUGCUAGUAUAGUACGAUCUUGGUAAUCA